GCGCAGCGGACGCAGACCGGAUUAAAGAUGGCUAAACCGCUCACCGACCACGACAAGAGGAAGCAGAUCUCGGUUCGAGGCCUGGCCGGGGUGGAAAACGUGGCCGACCUGAAGACCAACUUCAACCGGCACCUCCACUUCACCCUGGUCAAGGACCGGAACGUGGCCACCAAGCGGGACUACUACUUCGCCUUGGCCAACACGGUCCGGGAUCACCUGGUGGGCCGCUGGAUCCGGACCCAGCAGCACUACUACGAAAAGGAUCCCAAACGUGUCUACUACCUGUCCCUGGAGUUUUACAUGGGCCGGACUCUGCAGAACACCAUGGUUAACCUGGCUCUGGAGAACGCCUGCGACGAGGCCACGUACCAGCUUGGUCUGGAUAUGGAGGAGCUGCAGGACAUCGAGGAAGAUGCUGGACUCGGGAACGGCGGUCUGGGCCGCCUGGCUGCCUGCUUCCUGGACUCCAUGGCGUCUCUGGGUCUGGCUGCGUACGGCUACGGAAUCCGCUACGAGUUUGGGAUCUUCAAUCAGAAGAUAGUUAACGGCUGGCAGGUGGAAGAAGCGGAUGACUGGCUGCGCUACGGUAACCCCUGGGAAAAGGCUCGACCGGAGUACAUGCGUCCGGUCCAGUUCUACGGGCGAGUGGAGCACACCGCUGACGGCGCGCAGUGGGUCGAUGCGCAGGUGGUUCUGGCUCUCCCCUAUGACACCCCGGUCCCUGGAUACCGGAACAACAUCGUCAACACUAUGAGACUGUGGUCCGCUAAGGCUCCCUGUGACUUCAACCUGAAAGACUUUAACGUUGGAGGCUACAUCCAAGCCGUUUUGGACAGAAACCUGGCUGAGAACAUCUCACGAGUCCUCUACCCCAACGACAAUUUCUUUGAGGGGAAGGAGCUCCGUCUGAAGCAGGAGUACUUCGUAGUUGCAGCCACUCUUCAAGAUAUCAUCCGGCGGUUCAAAGCCUCCAAGUUUGGGAGCACAGAGUUCGUACGAUUGGACCUGUCUGCGCUGCCGGACAAGGUGGCCAUCCAGCUGAAUGAUACCCAUCCUGCCUUGGCCAUCCCCGAGCUGAUGAGGAUCCUGGUGGACCAGGAGAAGCUGGCUUGGGAGAAGGCCUGGAACAUUGUGGUUCGUACCUGUGCCUACACCAACCACACGGUGCUGCCUGAAGCCCUGGAGCGCUGGCCCGUGGACCUCUUCCAAAACCUGCUGCCUCGCCACCUGCAGAUCAUCUAUGAGAUCAACAGGCGCCACCUGGAGCGCAUCACCAAGCUGUACCCUGGAGACCUGGACCGCCUGCGCCGAAUGUCCCUGAUUGAAGAAGGCGACGUGAAGAAGAUCAACAUGGCUCACCUGUGCAUUGUGGGAUCUCACGCCGUUAACGGCGUGGCCCGCAUUCACUCCGACAUUAUUAAAAACACCGUGUUCAAGGACUUUUACGACCUGGAUCCAGAGAAAUUCCAGAAUAAGACCAACGGGAUCACGCCCAGGCGCUGGCUGGUCAUGUGCAACCCGGGCCUGGCUGAGGUCAUCGCAGAGAGGAUUGGCGAGGACUACAUGCGUGAUCUGGACCAGCUGAAGAAGCUCCUGGACUUUGUGGACGAUGAGUCCUUCAUUCGAGAUGUUGCCAAAAUCAAACAAGAGAACAAGAUGAAGUUUGCCGCCCAUCUGGAGGAGCACUACAAGGUGAAGAUCAACCCGUACUCCAUGUUUGACGUCCAGGUGAAGAGGAUCCACGAGUACAAGCGACAGCUGCUCAACUGCCUGCACAUCAUCACGCUUUACAACCGCAUCAAGAAGGAGCCCAGCAAAUCCUGGACGCCCAGAACCAUCAUGAUUGGAGGAAAGGCAGCUCCAGGUUACCACACCGCCAAAAUGAUCAUCAAACUGAUCACCUCCAUCGGCGACAUUGUCAAUAACGACCCGGUGGUGGGAGAUCGCCUGAAGGUCAUCUUCUUGGAGAACUACCGCGUCACUCUGGCUGAGAAGGUCAUUCCCGCAGCCGACCUGUCGGAGCAGAUCUCCACAGCAGGCACCGAGGCCUCUGGAACUGGGAACAUGAAGUUCAUGCUGAACGGGGCACUCACCAUCGGAACCAUGGAUGGCGCCAACGUGGAGAUGGCCGAGGAAGCCGGAGAGGAGAACCUCUUCAUCUUUGGCAUGAGGGUGCCCGACGUGGAGGCUCUGGACAAGAAGGGCUACGACGCCUCGUCCUACUACAACCGAAUCCCGGAGUUGAAGCAGGCUGUGGAUCAGAUAUCCAACGGGUUCUUUAGCCCCGAACAUCCUGGACUCUUCAAGGACCUCGUCAACAUGCUGAUGAACCACGACAGGUUCAAGGUCUUUGCGGAUUACGAGGACUACAUCGAAUGUCAGGAGAAAGUCAGCGAACUUUACCAGCAGAACCCCAAAGCGUGGACCAGGAAGGUGAUCCGCAACAUCGCCGGCUCCGGCAAGUUCUCCAGCGACCGUACCAUCUCGCAGUACGCCAGAGAGAUCUGGGGCAUGGAGCCCAGCAUGGAGAAGAUCGCCGCCCCCGACGAUCCCCGCUGAGACAGCGCCACCGUGUGGUCGUCGCUGCCUGUAGCUCCUUCACUGUGUUGCUGUAGAUUCUUAAGCUAAUCGUUAGCGUUUAUUGACGUGAGCUUGUGGUAUUUUUCUGCUUGGCUU